AGUAACAGUAUUGGUUAACCGCUUGUAUUUCACAGCGAAAUCCCUCUUUUGUACCCUUUGUUGAGUGGUAAUACUGAAACAGCAAUGGCGGGUCGUGGCAAAACCCUUGGUUCCGGAGCGGCCAAGAAGGCCCAGUCUCGUAGCAGCAAGGCCGGUCUCCAGUUCCCCGUCGGUCGUAUCGCCCGUUUCCUCAAGGCCGGCAAGUACGCCGAGCGUGUCGGUGCCGGAGCUCCCGUCUAUCUCGCCGCCGUCCUCGAAUACCUCGCUGCUGAGGUGCUUGAAUUGGCUGGAAAUGCUGCGAGGGACAAUAAGAAGACUAGGAUCGUGCCGAGGCACAUCCAAUUGGCUGUGAGGAACGAUGAGGAGCUGAGCAAGCUGCUUGGAGAUGUGACUAUUGCCAAUGGUGGUGUGAUGCCGAACAUUCACAACCUCUUGCUUCCGAAGAAGGCUGGUGGCUCCUCAAAGCCGGCUGACGAGGAUUAGAUGGAUCGAUGCCAGAUUUUUGUCUUGUUUGGGUACUUUAGUGGCUCACUUGCUCCAGAAUUGCAGCUAUGUACAAUAAGAUGGGAACUUUAUGAUAGUGUGAAGGCACAACCACUUGCUGUGAAAAACUUUAUGAUACCUUAUUAUGAUAGUGUGAAGGCACAACCACUUGCUGUGAGGAACAGUGAAGAGCAUAGUAGCACUGCUUGGAUAUUACUAUGGUGGUAUAAUGUUCCCAAUAGACCAGGAGCCAGUUAUGGCCUGCUGAUAAUGCCUGGUUAGAUGAGAGAAACAGCAUAUGUGAACUCUGGUUUUUCUUCAUUAUCAGUGUCUCUAACCAUCAAUCCCCAUUCUUGGCUAUUAACAUGAUAUGGGCUGUGCUGUCACUGAUUAUCAAAUAAUAACUGGUUGUAUGCUUAAGCCAAAGUUUUGUAUAGCUGUGCUUCAAAUAAAGUAGGGUCUAAUGAAGUGUCAUGGAUGAUCCAUUAUAGUAGGUUUUAUGAUUCUUGAUUGCAUGAGCACAUGCUUUAUUAGUUUGAGGUUUAAGGGUGUGUUCAGGUAGAGGGAAAUAUUUUGGAAAAACAGAGUUUGUACUAAAGUUUGAAAUGGCAUUCUUCAAAAGUAAAA